AUGAACAUCGAUUCAGAGAAUUACUAUGAGAGUUCAAAAGGCGCUUACACUUUUAGAGCAUCUCCAAUGCUAGUUAACUUAUGCUUCUAUUGUGGCAAGAUCGGUCACCUGGACAAAGCUUGUGCCAAGAGACUUGCUGACAUUGACAAAAGCUGUGUCAUGGAAGGGCAAUAUGGAGAGUGGCUUCGUGCCCCUGAGAAUGGUGGAUUCUCGAGAAGCAACUACUCUAGUUCUCCCUCAAGGCAGAACACAAAUUCUCCUCAGCAGGAUAAAAAUGGCUAUCAGGGUUCUUCUAGUAAAAUUAAUGUGGCCAGUGGCAGUGGUAAGGUGGCUGGUGUUGAAGAGACUGGUGAGGCUCAACUGUCAUCUCAGAGUAAACUAAAGAAUAUGCAAAUCAUAGGACAGAGCAGCUCUUCCCAGGAAGUUCAUAAUACCUCUAGUAAGCAGAUUGUAUCAAUUAUGGCCUCUCAUGAUGAGGAGCACAAUCAUCAGCAGAUUGUUUGUAUUGGCCAGCACACGGAGCCAGAUCUUCCAAUGUUAGAUGUGCAGCAAGAUACUCACAAAUCCUCUCAGAUUUCCACUCAGCCAUCUUCAAGCUCUCAACCAACCACUAGCAAAGUCAAGGGCUGGAAAAGAUCAAAAAUUCAGGAUGGCAGACUUCUAAGAAGCAAUUCCCAAACAGAUAAUGGAAGUAACCAGGAGUCUCAUAAGAGGAGUAGAGCUUUGAUGUGUGUUCCAGCUCAGUUCUCAGAAGAAGAAGAUGGGUUGCUGUUGAUCCCAUUGGUAUUAGUGGAGGUCUUGUUCUUCUUGGGGACAGUUCUCAGAGUAUCCUUCAGAUUAUUCAUCAUUCUUUUUGCUUUGAAGUUUAAGUCAGAUUGGCUUAUUGGUGGAGAUUGGAAUGCCAUUGUGGAUAUCAGUGAAAAAAGAAGAGGCAAAGAUAAAAUUCUUGCUGAUAUGAUUAGUUUCCAGAAUUUUAUUAACCAAAUGAGCAUGGUGGAGUGGUCCUCUUCUCAUAGCUCUGCCAUGGUUCUGAAUUGUUACAAAACUGCUUCUGAUCACAGUCUUAUGGUAUUAGUCAGUGAGCUCACUCAGAGAAAAUCCAAAGCCAGGUUCAUCUUCAACAAACAAUGGGUUGAGAAACAAGAUGUUAUGGCAGUAGUUAAGAAAGCCUGGGAACCUCUGUGCAGUGGAACUCCUAUGUUCCAGUUUCAAGAAAAGAUCAAACAAACCAGGGUGGCUCUACUUAAAUAG